GCAGGCCAGUCAAGCUGCACCUAGCUCCCAGCCUCGCACCCACCCCAACCUACACAAUGGCGACCGCGCAACCAGCCCAUCCACCGUACACCCCGCUGCAGCAAGACCGGCAAGCGCGCAACCGCCCAACCUAUAUCCACCAGGAAUCUCGCCCAGGCGCGAGCCGCACGGCCGCCGCACACCAGGGCGCCAACCGCUUGGCACUGGCUCGCGAUGAGACGUUCGAGGAGCGCGAGCGCCGCUACAAGGCCGCGCGCAUCCUCGAGAGCAACGAGAUGCUAAUCUGGCACGCCGCGGCGCGCAACGAGUCGAUCCCCCAGACGCGCCUGCACUUCGAGAAGAUCGUAGCGGGCUUCGACUCGGACAGCUCGGAGCCCGAGUGGGAGAACGACAGCGGCGCCAACCAGCAGACGCAGCAGCAGGCACAGCGCGAUGCCAGGGACGGGAAUAAUCCGCCUACGCCGCCAUCGGGCAGGAAGGCCAAGGCGGCCAAGAGGGGCGACAAUGGCAGGAAGAGGGUGGCUAGGAGUGUGGGGAGUUCGGAGUGAGUGUGUACAAGGCGGACUGUUGGCUGCUGUUUAUGGUGAAAAUGGACUUUCGGCUUGGGUUAGGUACGGCGUUUUGGUUCCUUUUGCCGGACCUGGGCUGGUCCGGAUGAUACCCACGAAGAUACGAUAGUCUUUGCAUGGCGCGGCCGAGCAGCGAACCUGCGCAGGCCAGCCAGAUAGCUUUGUCACGGUAGGAUAAAAUUGUGUUCAUCGUUAGAACGAAGUACUCAUACUCCUAGCUUCUGUCAUCUCUUAUGGUCAAUAUACGUAUUACUC